AUGACUCCUCCCGCCAAGGUUCUUAGCCCCGUGUCUCCCACCCAUAGCGACACAGCCACUCAGCUCGCUCGUCGUCACAGGGCUGCUUCGCUCUGCACCCUCCCAAAGGAAAAGCCCAAACGGCUGGGCCACAGCCUGUUCGGCCUGCUGAAGGAGACCCAUCACUUCAAGGAGCAGAAGCUCGCUUUCCCGAUCAGUACCCCAUUUCAGCGGUCUUAUACCAGUGCGACAAAGACCCUGGAGGAUACCGUGACGGCCAAGGUUGGGGAUUAUGUGGAGACUGGACACCCCUUGGUGAUGUCCCACGCCGUGAGAAUGGGCAUGGGACCCAAGGACUGUCGCCGGUGCGGGAACCCCGUCAACGAGCCUGUCGGCGGGGCGGCCGGUAGGGGUGGGCGACUGCGGGCGAUGUCGUGCCCUGCUGGGGGGGGGGAGGCGAUGAGGGAAAAGUUCAGGACUAAGGAGGAAGACAAACAGCCGGAGUUGCAUCUCGAGGAGGCCGAGAUGGCUGAGGAAAGAACCAUCUCGAGUCGCCCGCGUAGUGCGAGUACCGGCACGCAUCCGCUUUUUGCACGUACAGAUAUGAUCGAUACGCUUGCGAAGGCGUCGGCUGCCGGACGCGUCCGUCCUACGGCUGUUGAGGGCGUGAAGCUCAACAAGGUCCAGCUGUGGCAGGAUACUGCCCUCAACAACUUCUGCCCCGGCUGCUAUGCUGCAGUUUCUUUGUGUCACGCGGCUCAGGUCGCACUCCAGGCUAUUUCCGAGGCAGCGGCUGUUGAGCGCGCAGGUGAGGGGGCUGUGAAGGACAUCCUCCGUGCGAUCACCAAGAAGCGCGAGCGUGCCUCUCGAAACCACCGCGAUCUCACUGUUCAGCCUGAGACCCCUGACGACGAUGAAGUGAUCGACAUCGUCUUCAGCGACGUCGAACAGGACGGGCACAACUCGGACGGCUCGUUCUCCUCGCUCGGCUCUCAGGGUCCGGUCCCCCCUGCUCCUCCCGGCACUCCGGUUCAUAGCGUCGACCUGGACUUGGAGGAUCAGCAGUCACGUAAGGACAUUGAGGCCGGUAUCACUCUGCUCAUGACCGAAGAGGACAUCGACGACGAACUUGUUCAAAUUGACGCCGGUCUCAUCGAGGCAGUUCUGCCGAUGGUGGAUGACCGCGCCAAGAGUAAGUGGAUGGCGUCUAUGCCUCAGCGGUUUAUGGAGGAAGUUGAGGGUCUGAAGGCGUUGAUUGUUGAGGGGCAGGAGAUGAUUGUUGAUGGGAACCGUAAGGACAAGGCUAAUUGGAGGAUGAUGGUUCUGAUGUAA